AAAAAAACAAAGGGAGAAGACACACCGACCAGCAGAAUGGCCGACGUUGAAAUGAAAGAGGCUGGCUCUGGAGCCCCAGCAAAGGCGAAGGGCUCGUCCAAGGCUUCCGAAUGCGCGAGUGAUGGCAAGAAGAAGUUCGAGGUCAAAAAGUGGAACGCGGUGGCUUUGUGGGCGUGGGAUAUCGUUGUCGACAACUGUGCGAUUUGCCGUAAUCACAUCAUGGACCUAUGCAUCGAAUGCCAGGCAAACCAGGGAUCGUCCACUACAGAGGAGUGUACGGUUGCUUGGGGAAUUUGUAACCAUGCAUUCCAUUUCCACUGCAUCUCGCGGUGGUUGAAAACCCGCCAAGUGUGUCCCCUUGAUAACAGAGACUGGGAGUUCCAGAAGUACGGCCGGUAAACGUGGGUCGAAGAUUGCAGGUUCGAUCAUGAGAAAGUCGUGGUUGUUUUACGCUUUUCACAUAUGAUAGAAGCGGAAGUGAGGGAUCUUCAUGGCGUUUUUGGUUCGUUUAGCAGUUCUCAGAAGCGGCUUCAUAACAACUCCAUGUAAACUUGGGGUUCAUACAUGCGAGGCAAUAAGUUAUGUGUGAUCGAUUCAGGUUACCAAAAUGACAAUUUCAACUUCCCUGACUGUAUCUCACGCAACCCUGACCCCGUCUACCACGACCCCUGCACCCUCCACGCUCGCCGUAAUGGGGACAAGCCAAUCUUCGGGGGUUUUAUUGUACAUAGGCCAAGGAGGAAUCACGGCUAACCCGGUUACUAAUGUGCCCGUCAACCCAACCCAAAGCGUCAGGUGGAUGUCUUGGAAUAUGUAUCCGACAAGG